AAUGGUGAGGAAACAUUAUUAAUGGAUCUAACCUUUAAUUUUUCAAACUCUAAAGGGGUCAAAAGCCAUUUUCGCGUCUGCUCUGUUCUUUCUUCCUCUGCAGCCGAACACCACCAGCCUUCACCGACACCUACUCCUCUCGAAAAUUGGAAUCCCGGAUCUGCUCUGCUUCUUCCUUCCCUGCCGCCGGCCACAGCUGGGUGUGAGUUCGGUUUUUCCUGCAAUCCCGUGGAAGUCCUCCAAUUUUCCCGCCGGCUCCUCCCAUACCCGCCAGCUCCGGCCUUGCUUGCUGAGCAUUUCUGGUAAGUUGGCUUCUCUAAUCUUCGAAAAUUGAUGGAUUAAUUGUUGCUUGUGAGCUUAAUUGGUUGUAAGGGUGUCUGGGUUGUCCAAAAACAGCAUGCCGGAGGUGGGGGAUGAGUUUUGGCAAUUUGAAGAUGGGUUGGUUGAUGAUUUAAGUAGAAAAUCCUUAAUUUGGCUGCUGUGGGUGUGUCCGAGAGAAAAAGGGGAGAAUUUCGUGAAUUGGCCAUUUUUUUGUCAAGGCCGGUUCUCCCAAAUUCUUGUCCAUGAGUUUGAAGAUUGUAUACGUGUAAUGAUAUAAUUGUAGAUACAUAGAUAAAUACCCAAUCCCGGU